AUGCGUGGUCGCCAUAAGCAUAGAAUUGUAGGCCCCUUAAUUCAGAUUCGGGAAAGUUUAAAUGUUCGAUUUGCACGUGAUCUGCGGAGCCGCUUUUACUGCACGGAAACGAUGAAGAUACUUACCAAUUUUGCACUCAUAUAUGUUGGAUUACUUGCUCAUACGGUGUCAACCCAAAAACUAGGCAUUAGAGAUCUUUUCCUGUUCAUAGGAGACGAUUUUACCCCGGAAGUAUUUGAGGAACAAAAUCGAGUAGCUGCAAAUGAAGCCAUUAAGAUCAUAUUUUCGAUUUCUAGAAAAAAUCCACGCAAUAAAGAAUAUGCCAUUAGCUCAGGGGUCUACGAUAAGAUUAUAUACACAAUUAUACAAAGCUCUAACUUUGAGCCAUCUGAUCUUUAUAAGAAGGUAAAAGAUCUGAAACCUUUGCCAUAUGAUACUAACCUAAAAGUCUUUGGAGAUCAGCAAAAGUCUGUCGUUUUUUAUUGUGGACCUACAGUACAUGCAAUAUUGUGUGAAAUUUUCAAGGUCGCCUCUCCUAAUCCCAAGUAUAAAUAUUUAUGGAAAGUCCUUGUUUACAACAGUGGCGAUAGGUUAGAGCAUCAUCCAGAAUACCAUGUUGGUCCAAAGAUAAAAUAUUCACCAGUGGUCAUAUAG